AUGGCGGGAGAGCCUGUAAAAGCACAAAGCGUCCUGCUUCUUCACGGACCACGACAGGCUUAUCAAGUUUCCGAAUAUGAGAUACCUGAGUUGGUAGAGGUGGACGAGACACUUAUCAGAACACACACGAUAGGGUUGAACCCGAUCGACUGGAAAUCACCAGACUUUAACUUUGGCAUCGCAACAUUGCCUUAUAUCGCCGGCCGAGAACUCGCCGGCCGAAUCGUAACAACUCCCCGGAGAGACUCUCGUCUAAAAGAAGGCGACAGAGUAUUAGCCAUAUCAACCGACUACCGCGACCUCCGCAAAGCUGCUUACCAAGAAUACGUCGUCUCCUCAGAUUACAAUGUCGCAAGGAUACCUCCGUCCAUUUCAUUCCAGCAGGCUGCCGGAAUAUGUAUGGGUGUUGACUUUUCAUCUAUACUUGAUGGUCCAGACCUACUUCAGCUCAUGCGCUCUGUUCCACCGGAAAGCAUACCGGAGGAUGUAAGAACAGAGUGCUUGCAAGGCAUUAGUGACGCCGAAAGGGCAGUUCCAGGAGACUGGGUGGCUGUCUGGGGAGGAUCAUCCACAUCAGCCAACAUCACCGUCCAGCUGGCACGCCUAGCAGGUCUCAAAGUCAUCACCAUCGUCGACACAGCCAAACACGGCCUCCGCAUCUCUGGCUGCUCCGCGCAAAGACCCGACCUCCUCAUCGACAGCCACGACACCAACCGAGCAGUCGAAAUUAUCAACUCCAGCGUCGGCACCCAGCUUCGCUUUGCGCUCGACACACGCGGACGCGAGUCAGCCACGAUUCUGCUCGACGCCCUCACCCGCCAAAAGAAGCUCGCCGAAGCCCCUCCUUCGCCUCCAGACACGCCUCGAGAAUCUAAGAGGCAGACGUCGCAUCUUGUGGGAUUGACAGGGCUGCCGAAAGAGGCAGCUCCAGAGGGAAUUGCCUAUCAUACCGUCCCGAUCAAGAUUUUUCAUUCAGUUCCUUCGGGCCUCAUCAAGCCGCCUCCCAUAUUAGGCGUAGAGAGCGGAUUUGACGGCGUCAACAAAGGACUAGAUAGGAUGAGGGCGGGCGAAAUCAGUGGAGGAAGAUUAGUCGUUGAUUUAUUACCGUAG